GGGAUACAAAGAUUUAUACAUUAACAAAAUUUUGUAACGAUACAUAUGAAAGGAAAGUUGUAUUUGAUGGUACCACAUUGCAAUGUUCGUGUAAGUUGUUUGAUUCUCGCGGUGUUCCAUGUUCUCAUAUAUUUUAUGUCAUGAAGGAUGAACAUGUUGAUCAUAUUCCUAGGCCCUUGGUAUUGUCGCGAUGGACCAAGGAUGCCAAAAUUGAGUAUUUGAACAACAUGGAAUGUAAUGGUGAUGUUGAUUCGAACGUAGUUGAGGAAGCUCGUUUUGGUGCAUAUUGUUCGGCCUUUACAAGUUUUUGCAAAGAAGCUGCAAAAAAGAAUGGUGUGUAUGGCCAAAUUUUGGAUGACAUUAUGAAAUUACAAAAAAAGUACUGCAUUAAUGAUGAUCCUAUUAUUGGGACACAAAAUCCAGCAGUCGGUGAUCCGGUGGCGGUUAAGAGUAAAGGUGCUCCAAAGAAAAAAAAGAAAGAACCAAAAUCUGUCAGGCGAUGUGGAAAAUGCAACGCUACAACUCAUAAUGCGAGGACAUGUUCCGAGGGUACACAAAAAGCGACAGAACCAAUAGUUGAUUUGCAGUCGGUGUCGAUAUCUGAUGCUAUAAGCCAAAUGGAUGAGAAAAAGAAAAGAAAAGCAACCUGCAAUGUUGACAGAAGUGUGCAAAAGAAGGGUUCACGUCCACCGAUACACCGUGGCGCUAAGGCCACAGUGACAACACAAGCAGACACAAAUGGAUGUUACAAGCAAAUGCAUUUCCAAGCACAGAUGGAUGUUACAGGCACAAGCAGACAUUUAAAUGCAAUGUGUGGAGUUCAACCUGUUAUGCCGAUGGUACAUCAUAUGUUUCAACCAAUGCAUUUGCAACCCGUAUACCCAAUGUAUGGAAUGAGUGUUGGGCAAACUACAAGUUCGUGCUACGGUAUGCUACAACAGAGUGUCGGGCAAUCUUCACGUUCGUGCUACAGUCUGCUACAACAAGUUGAAAAGGCUGCUACUGAUGAUUGAGUAUUUUAGUAGUAGUAUAAUUGAAUGCAUUUUGAUAAUGUUGAUGUACAAUUCUGGUUUAAUUAUGUUUGUGGAUAAAUUGUUU